GGAAAAUGGAGGAUGAUGACGAUGACAUUCCCCAGCUUUCCUCCCAUACGUUGGCUGCCCUCCAGGAGUUCUAUUUGGAACAGCAGCAGAGAGAGGGCAUGAAGACCUCCCAAGGGUUUAAUCAAUAUUCCAUUGGCUCAAUAGAAGAAGACUGGCAACUGAGCCAGUUCUGGUACAGCAAUGAAACUGCAUCGUGUCUGGCUAAGGAAGCUGUUGUGGCAGCUGGAAAAGGUGGCAGGAUAGCAUGUGUUAGUGCACCGAGUGUGUACCAGAAGCUGAAAGAACUGGAUGGCAAAGAUUUCUCAGUAUGUAUACUGGAGUAUGACAGGAGGUUUUCUGUAUAUGGAGAAGAAUUUAUCUUCUAUGAUUACAACAACCCCUUGGACUUACCUGAAACUCUCCUGCCACACAGUUUUGAUAUCGUAAUAGCAGAUCCACCCUAUCUGUCUGAGGAAUGUCUUCAAAAAACUGCAGAGACCAUCAAAUAUUUAACAAAAGGAAAGAUUCUGCUCUGCACAGGUGCAAUCAUGGAGGAACAGGCAGCGAAGCAUCUUGGCGUGAAGAUAUGCAAGUUUAUUCCGAAACACUCGCGAAAUUUAGCCAACGAGUUUCGAUGUUACGUGAACUAUGCCUCGGGGCUGGACUCAUAACAUCUACAACUUUUGCAGUCAAGCUUUUUUCUGUUGUUUUACCAGUGACUCCACGUUUCUCAGUGCUGAAAUAUUCAGCUC